UAUUGAUAUAAGAACACACCCACAGUUUGACACACCUUUACUUUGUAGUUAACUUCUGCACAUUCUUUCCGGACCGAGCAAAGUCUAAAAUGACGGAGCAAACGAAGUGUUCAGAACUUGCUACGCAAAUAUUAAAAGAGGCUCCCGCGUCGAGAAAGGCGCUUAUUGACAACUAUAACAACCUUCACAAAGUGGCCGAUUACUGUGAAAACAAUUAUUUAGGCCUACAGGAUGAGGACACAUGGAAGGGUUUGGAGGAGACCAAGGCUUUGACCACUCAGGCUUUGGCCAGUGUGGCCUACCAGAUCAACAGCCUAGCCACUUCUGUCCUGAGACUGCUGGACACCCAGGCCAUGCAGCUGAAAGACAUGGAGAACUCCCUCAACCUCCUCUCUCUGGCUGUAGCUAUCCAUCAGGAGAAGGUGUCUCGGAGAGAGAUGGGAAUUUUCACCACAGUAACGAAGUUGGCUUGCGCCAAAUUAAUGAGCCCUCCCAAAGCUGGCCGGGAGCUCGAGGGUUGCUACAUCAGAAGACCCAUGUCCUUCACCGAACUGGACACACUGGGCCACAGCUUUAACCUCAAUGAGUUGCAGCCUCGGAAAAGAACAGGGACCACAGAGAGCGUGCGAAGUACAGGGAGCUGUGGCCCUGUGGAGUGUCCCGUUGCUCCUGCUACCCAGCCUGGGGAACCCUCCUCAGCCAGCGUCAAUAAGGAUCUCUAUAGGUCCAAUCUUGGCAUUAACGUGGCCCUACCAUCGGUGCCCACCUUGCCAGUCUCCUCAAACCUCACCCAAAACUGCCCACAACCCCCUCCUGGAUCAACGUUUGACUCCAACAUCCCACCUCCUCCUCCUCCCCCACCUGGCUCCAUGGGCACUGGUCCUCCUCCUCCUACACCCUCCAUGACCUCAUCGAAUAACCUCCCUCCUCCCCCUCCUCCUACACCGAAUGCAUCCCCUAAUGUUCCCUCUCCGCCACCCCCUCCUCCACCUCCUGCCAGCGCAUCAAAUAGCUUCCCCCCUCCUCCUCCACCUCCACCUGGUUCAAUGGGUAAUGCUCCACCUCCUCCGCCACCUCCACCUCCUCCUCCUCCUCCACCUGGUUCAAUGGGUAAUGCUCCACCUCCUCCGCCACCUCCACCUCCUCCCAGCUCAUCAAAUAGCUUACUCCCUCCUCCACAUGGUUCAAUGGGUAAUACUCCUCCUCAUCCUCCACCUCCUCCCAGCUCAUCAAAUAGCUUCGCCCCUGCUCCUUUUCCUCCUCCUCCACCUGGUUCAAUGGGUAAUGUUCCACCUCCUCCGCCACCUCCACCUCCUCCCAGCUCAUCAAAUAGCUUCGCCCCUCCUCCUCCACCUGGUUCAAUGGGUAAUGUUCCACCUCCUCCGCCACCUCCACCUCCUCCGAGCUCAUCAAAUAGCUUCGCCCCUCCUCCUCCUCCUCCUCCACCUGGUUCAAUGGGUAAUGUUCCACCUCCUCCGCCACCUCCACCUCCUCCCAGCUCAUCAAAUAGCUUCGCCCCUCCUCCUCCACCUCCACAUGGUUCAAUGGGUAAUACUCCUCCUCAUCCUCCACCUCCUCCCAGUUCAUCAAAUGGCUUCCCCCCUCCUCCUCCUCCACCUGGUUCGAUGGGUAAUGCUCCUCCUCCUCCACCACCUCCUCCUCCCCUCCCUGGUACCUCCACUAAGGUGCCCCCACCUCCUCCACCACCCCCACCUCCUCCUCUUCCAUAACUUAUAUUGUUACGUGUCUUCUCUAUCUACCUUCUGCUAUGUAGGGAUUACAUGAUAACAUGGCACAGCAAUGAAUUGAACUGAAUAUGGUAUGUAACCUGAAUACAGUGUGUGAUCAUGAUUGAGUUUUUAUGAAUAUGUAUAAAACAAAAUUUGAUUUAUUUCAAUUUGCAAGUAUAUUGAUGACAGGAUUCUGCAUUAAAGGACGUUUUUA